GAGCAAAUUAGGAAAUUACGCAUAAUUGGAACGACGUGACCUCUAUGUGACCUAUUGUCACGCGCAGCUCUUGGCUUUCACCUUAACUUUCCAACCACGAAGACAUGGAUGAUGAUGAUGAGUUUCUUUACGGGAGUUCCGCUGCGGAAGGCAUUCCUGUGUCCCAGCCGGCCCCAUUAGACACCGGUCGAGUGUCCAACAGCGUCGUAUCUCAUUUGGAAGCUGAAGCCGAAAAUACAACCAAUGUGCCAUUGCAAAUCACACCGCCCGUGGAAGAGGAUAAUACAGAGGUGCCACAGGCAGACGAGGCAACUGAGGAAGUUGAAGAGGAAGAGGAAAGUGACGACGACGAUGAUAUCGAGUUCAUCAUGGAUCAACCGUCACGGACACUUGAUCUCAGGCAAGGUCGACCAUCAUUGACUCGAAGUGGAGGGAGUUCUUCGCAACCUCCAGCCCCAAAACCGCCAACCUCUGGUCCGUCAUUAACGACCGAAUAUACUCCCAUAUCUCGAGGCGCUUCCAAUGCUUCAAUAGGCGGACCACCUCCAUCACAAAGCCAGCCAGUAGUACCCGCGCCCCAGUUAAUAAAACCCUUGGAGGCUUCUGUAGCUGCGCCGAAGACAGAGGAGACGCCCGCCCUCGACGAUGGCAUAGACACUUCGACGUUACCUCCAGCGACAGCCCCGCCUUCCCAUCCCACCAUCGACCCAUCAGCUGUGGGUACACUGGACGGUCGCUCUAUCCUGGACGUCGACAUCGCGGCUAUGUCGGACAAGCCAUGGCGUAAACCUGGCUCCGACAUUAGCGACUGGUUCAACUACGGUUUCGAUGAAAUCUCCUGGGAGGCGUAUUGUUACCGUAGAAGAGACCUUGGCGAGCUCGCCAAUGUGCUCAAGACGAGCGUACUGAACUUUUCGGGCAUGCCCGAAGACCAACUAACCGCCCUUCCACCCGAAGUUAGGCAGAUGGUUAUGACUGGAACAAACGCGAUGUUGACCAGUGGGGGUCCCAAUCCUGGUAUGAUGGGUCCGGGAGUGAUGAUGGAUAUGUCUGGGAUGAUGAACCCUAUGGCAAUGGGCAUGAAUGGGGAUAUGGGCAUGAUGCCAGUAGACGGGAGAGCCAUGGGUAUGAUGCCAGAUGGUACGCCAACGCAGGGUGUACCUGUGGUUGGUGCAAAUGGCACUCCGGAACCAGGAGUCGCGAUGAUGCAGGAAGGAUAUGGCGGUCCGGGGAUGAUGAUGACUGGGGAAUAUGGCAUGCAGGAGCAAGCCCAAAUGGCUCAACAGCAGCAGCAGCAGCAACAGCAACAGAUGUAUCCUGUCAUGGAGCCACCUGCACCCGCUCAACCUCCUGGCGGGCCAAAGGCUGCAACACCUAUACAGUAUCCCCGCCGUGGUUUGGCUACUGGCCCUCGUGGAAGAGGGUUUCCUGUCAGAGGAAGAGGACGCGGAGGAUAUGAGGGAGUUGGAACAGUCCGUCCUGCAUCUCCUUUGCCCCCUGGGGUCCCUACCGGGCCCAGGAAUCAAAAUAAGUACAAAGAUCGCGACGGAAAUGCCCCGGCCGUUGACGGAUUGGAUUAUGGAGGGACCAGUGGCCGGACCGGGAGCGGGGAGCCUGAAGAUAAAGGUUCGAGUCGAAAACGCAGGAGCUCUCCAGGAUUGGAUGACGGUCGAAGCUCGAAGCGACGCUGAUCUGUGUUUCAUCUCAUGUAUUUUUUUUAUCAUAAUAUGAAUGCACCUGCGUUCGAUGAUUAACUGAACGGGCCACUGAUGGUACAGAUGAGACCCUGGGUGCCCUCUUUCCCCUUUGUCUUCAACCCCUCCUCUCGUAUCGUCACAAAAUUUAGCAUAUAGGCAAUGGACUUCAUUGGGUACGAUAUUGUCAUUGCUCCUCACCAAUUACCGAAGCUUCAAAAAACAAGAUUACGGUCAAAAAUAGUCAGCGCUUUGCUUACUUGGGUAUGUAGUAGAGAUUAGCAUGAAUGCAUUCUUAGCUAUUACU